AGUAACUAUAGUUUAGUAUUGUAAUAUGUUUACGUUGUAUAAUUCAUUUACGUAUUGUAAUAUAAGUUGAUAUUUAUUGAUUCUAUAUUUUAAAAAAGGAAAAUCUUAAUUAUGUCGUUCACCUAUAUUAUAACAUAUUGACGCGUUAUAUCACGUGAUCAUACUCCAAUACUAUACAAUAAUUUCUCUCAUUGUAGCCUCUUCCUCCCUCAUCCCUUCUACUCUUCUUGAGUUUCAAGGCUCAACCCAACCCAUUUUGAAGUCAUGUGUCCUUGCUUGCUCUUAAUAGGAUAGAAUUUUCUUUUAGGACGGAAAAAAAAAAAUUAAGGUGGGAAAGAACUAGCCCAAAUGGCACCGCAGGCUCUUAAUGGUAUAGAUAGUAUAAUAAAUUUUGGACUAAAAAUAUAAAUAAUAUUAGACAAGAAAAUGAGAAAACAAAAAUUAGUUGAAGGCAAAUAUCGAAAAAAAAAAACAGAGGAGGUCAAGAGGCAAAAGACCAAAUAAGUCCAAGACAACCAAUGGCUGUCCCACAUUGUUCUCCGCACGUCUAUAUUACGCGGGAUUUUCUUUCUCUCUCCUCUUAAACCCCCCGAAAAACAAGAAACAUCCUGACGAAGAAAAAAAAAUCUAAACAGAAAAACAUAUUAUCAAAAUAUCCAAUUAGCUAAAUCCUUCUUCUGGGUUGGAUUGGAUUAGAGCUCUGCAUGACUUUCUGUUUUGAUUCCAUUUUCCGUGAAUUUCUUACAUUUCUGAUCGUGAAGACAAUGUUGCAUUGGUUGAUACAUCUCCUCCACGUUCAAAACACAAAAGUAUAAUCUUGGGCGCUAAUUUAAUAGCCUCUCUUUGCUGCAUACAUUGUUUGUUUUGCUGCUUGCAUGUCAUAUCACCACGUUCAAAUCUUGAAAAAUCUCAGCUUUACGAUUGAGAAUCAUUGGGAAACUUGUGGGUUCUUCCUAAAGCUGGGAAAUUUGAAUUGGGUUAUUGCCAAAUUUGGAGAUUUUAUUUACCUGGUGCGCGUCAUUCCAAGACCAAGGGGCAGAAGGGGGCGCGGCCAUUGUUGUUGGAAGCCAGAAAGGCUGGUGCUUUCGAACGUUUCUGUUUGGUUUGAGGGAAAUUGCAGGAUUUUGUGUCAAGUUCGAUGAAAUGAGAAGGAAAAUAUAUGGAUGGGAUGGAAAUGAGAAGAGGCAGUUAUGCGGUUGUUUUUGGGAUUCUGCUUUGUGCAUUGGUGAUAGGGGCCUCCGAGGGGGUGAGGAGGACAAAGGAAACAUUUAUAGGCAAUGGAGGUGGUUGGGUUACGCAGGAGAUAGACGAAGACAUGGCAGAGCAGGCAUGGGUACAUUGCAGGAAAGAACUGAUAGAUGGCAAAGAUGUUGUCGAAAACUUUAACUUGUAUAUCCCACAGGAGGCGACCAGUGACUCUGAAACAAUUUUCUUAACAAAAAGCAACAAACAUAAUGCAAUUUUAGUUCUUCCUCCUCACGUGAAACAAACACUUCUUGAUUGCUUAAGAAAGAAAGGGCUUCUUUUUCGUCCGUCUGGCAAAAAGGCUAGCUCCAAAAACUGGUUCAUCGACUACUUAGAGUGGCUUUUAAGUUGGCCUCAUUCUCCUAGGAGAUAUUUGGCCGGUGAUUCACCUAGGCCAAUGGAACUGACUCCUGCUCCUGACCUAGCUCCAGGGCCUGCUCCUGAUCUAGCUCCAGAGACUGCUCCGGUUCUAGCUCCAAGCCCUUCUCAGCUUCUAGCUCCAAGCCCUUCUCCGCUUCUAGCUCCAGGCACUGCAGCUAAGUUGCCUAGACAACAAGCACCUUCUCCUUCUCCUUCUAAACAUAUCCAUACUACUUUUCGUGCUAGUCCAAAUCCACCACCAAAGGAUCCCUCGUCCAAAAAGAAAAAUCCACCAUUAAAGGAUCCCUCACCGAAAAAGAAAAAUCAACCACCGAAGAAUCCCUCACCGAAAAAGAAAAGUCCACCAUCAAAGGAAUCAAAAACUGAAAAGCCGCCUGCAAAGGAUAAUAGCAGUCUGAUCAAACUAAUUGCUAUUGCCGGAACUGCAGUAGUUACACUUAUCAUUCUUGCGCUUCUCUGUUUUUGCUGUCUUAAGAAAAGGAGAAGCAGAAAAGUUGGUCCAAGAAAUGGACAAAAUGAUGACAGGCCUCUUCUCACAUUGUCUGCUGGCUCUUCACAGAAGUCUACUGGUUUAGAAAAUUCCAAUAACAAAGAGUUCAGCACUAGCGGAGAUUUUGUAAACAAUAUGCCCGCGAAAACUGAAAAUGAACCUUCGCCGGGUGAGGCAAGUACAUCAGAAAGCACAGCAGGAGGGCCAUUGCCUCCCCUAAAACCUCCCCCUGGAAGACCAGCUCCUCCGCCUCCUGGACCACCACCACCACCUCCUCCUCGUCUUCGCGCCCCACCGCCUCCAAAAGUUGCACCUCCACCAAAGCCAUUGCCUGGUAAGAUCCAACGUCCACCUUUAGGACCACAUCGCAAAGGAAACAGUGUUGAUGGUGAUGUUGAUGGUGAGUCUGGAUCUCAAAAAGCCAAGUUAAAGCCAUUCUUCUGGGAUAAGGUUGUUGCCAAUUCUGAUCAAUCAAUGGUCUGGCAUGAGAUCAGUGCAGGAUCAUUUCAAUUCAAUGAGGAGCAGAUAGAGUCUCUAUUUGGUUAUAAUGCUGCGGAUAAAGCCAAAAAUGAUCGCAGGAAGGAAGCAUCAUCCUUAGAACCUGCAAUCCAGUAUAUUCAAAUUAUUGACAGAAAGAAAGCACAAAAUCUAUCAAUUCUUCUACGAGCAUUGAAUGUGACCACGGAAGAAGUUUCUGAUGCCCUCCGAGAAGGUAAUGAACUUCCUUUGGAGCUUCUCCAGACCUUGUUGAAGAUGGCACCGACUGCUGAAGAAGAACUGAAGCUUAGGUUAUACACCGGCGAUAUUGCUCAACUUGGCCCUGCAGAGCGGUUCCUCAAAGCCAUGGUUGACAUACCAUUUGCUUUUAAGCGCAUAGAGUCACUGGUGUUCAUGUGUUCCCUCCCAGAAGAGGUCACUACCACCAAAGAGUCCUUUGUAACUUUAGAGGUUGCUUGCAACAAACUCAGAAAGAGCAGGCUGUUCCUAAAACUUUUAGAAGCAGUUCUGAAAACUGGAAACCGCAUGAAUGAUGGUACCUACCGUGGUGGUGCGCAGGCAUUUAGGCUUGAUACACUCUUAAAACUGGCUGAUGUAAAAGGCACUGAUGGCAAGACCACACUCUUGCACUUUGUUGUUCAAGAGAUCAUCCGUUCUGAGGGCAGAAGAGCUGUCCGCACAGCCAGAGCAAGCCGGAGCAUGUCCAACGUGAGUGUAGAGGAUUUAGCUGAGGAUGUCAAUGAGGAAUCAGAAGAGCAUUAUUGUAGCCUCGGUCUUCAAGUUGUCUCCGGUUUAAGCGAUGAACUUCAAGAUGUGAGGAAGGCAGCUCUUGUAGAUGCUGAUGGCCUAACGUCAACAGUAGGAGUUCUUGGCCAAUCACUAAUAAAAACGCGAAAUUUUAUAAAUGUUGAGAUGAAGAAUCUGGACGAAGACAGUGAGUUCCAACGUACGCUAGCCAGUUUUGUGCAGCGUGCAGAAUCUGACAUAACAUGGCUGUUGGAAGAAGAAAAGAGGAUAACUGCUCUUGUGAAGAGCACAGCGGAUUACUUCCACGGGAAUGCAGGGAAGGAGGAAGGCAUUCGUUUGUUUGUGAUUAUACGAGAUUUCUUGGUAAUUCUAAACAAGGUAUGUACGGAAGUUCGAAAUUCAGCAAUGAAGUCAGCAAAGACUGCCAAGAAAGAGACCCCCAUAGAGGUAGCUUCAGAAAACCGCCAGCCGGCUACAGAUAUGCGUCAGCGACUGUUUCCAGCUAUUGCAGAACGGCGAGUGGAGGAUGGUUUCAGUUCGGAUGAUGAGGCCUAGCUUUUCAUUUAGAAUAAGUAUAUGGGAGUUCUGGCUUGGAAGCGUAUUGUUUUCCUCUCUGGUUUGGUAAUCCGAAACGAAUGGAAGAAUUUCAAUCACCUAUUACUUAUUCUUUGGUUGUGUUUUCAAGGAAAUCAAAGGUUACUUUUGAGUCAAGUAAGGCGAUAGUGCUGAAAUUGGCCUUAAAAUCUUAUUGGGAUUUAUAAGACAAUGUUUGUGGAAGUAGCUAUAGUAAAUCUUUUAUUAUGUUCAAACUCCAAGCUCAAUGGCAAUGUCUGGCAUAAUGCUAUUUGUUUGGCUUUCCACCAAUGUACCUUUCCCUCACUAUUUUUCAUUGUCGCCUGCACAUUCUUCAGGUGGGCAUGAUGACAAAAAAUGUCAGUUCUA